AUGGAUAAAAUUGAAAUGAGCUGCAAAGAUGCAGAAUUUGAUAUUGAUAUCGAAGAUUCGUUACGAAGACAAGUAAAUAUUAUCUAGAUUACAGAAAAACAAAAGAUUCUCAAAGAAGAAAAAAACAACCUCAAAGCCAAAGAACUAGAACUCCGAAGGAAAGUUGACCAAAACAAAGCAAGCCAAGUUUUGAAUUCUUUAAAACUCAAAAAACAAAGCCAAGAUUUGCAUGCAUUUCUAGAAGAAAGCAGAAAGCAAUGGGUGCUUGACUUAAAACAUACAAUAAACUCAGUAGAAGUAAAAUAUAGUUAGCAAGCAAAAAUAGCGAGAAUGCAAAAUCAGAUGGAAAGUCUCAAAAUAAUUUCCAAAAUCUAUGAAUUCGUUGAGCCUUUGCCUGUUUCUUCUAAGUUUUUAGACGUAACUCAGCUAAAUGAUAAGUUUGAAGACAGUUCAAGUUUUAACCAAAAUUCAUUUGAAAUGCAUGAAGAGCCUACGGUUGAGAAAAUUAAAGUCUCAAACCAUGCAUUUAAGCCAACUUUGACAACCCAAACAGUUUUCCAAGGGGACUAUUCAGAUGAGUUUUCAGACACCUCAAUACAAUCCAUUUCUCAGCCUUCGUUACUCCAUAUAAGAGCUUCUCUAAAAAGUUACUUACGUAAACUUAAACUUUCAAAUGGGUCAGAAUUCGAUACUGAAGAAAUUUUGCUUCAAAAAGAAGAAAUCCCUCAUAUGCCUAACAGCCAAGACUCGUGCCAGCCAAAAGUAACAGUAAAUAAUCUAUCUUCAAGUGAGGACGAAGAAGGAGCUGAUUCAGUUUCAACUCGGUCAAUCCCAGAAAUGAUUUCAAAGCAGCCUUCAUUUGUUGAGUCCCACAGUGAUUUAGUUUCACAAAGAUCAACUCCAGAGCCCAUUUUUAACCAAUCAUCAAUAAUUUCUAAUAGCGGCUCAAUACAAAAUCAAGAAUCUAUCACUCAUCAGCCAUCAAUUAUUAAUUAUCAUAGUGAGUCUAUACAAAGCUAUUUAGAUGCAGAGCUUGAAGGAAAUUUCAUUCAAGCUGAAAUUGAGGAUGAAUUCGCAAUUGGGGAUGAAAUAAACCAUUCUUCUGAUGAGUCUCAGAUAGAGAUGGACACUUAUGAGAUCGAAGCAAAACCAUUAACAUCAAGGGAAGGUCCAAUGUUUACUAAUGUGCUGCAGCUCAGUAAAUUAUUUGUAGAAAUAUCAGGCUCAGAUUUUCCUGAGUCUAAUGAAUUUAAAGAUGAAAUUUCAUCUGACCAAUUGCUGCCUAGGAAUGAAAAUAAGCCGAUUGAAGAAGAAGCUCAUGCGGAAGAAGAAACUAGCCAAAAUUUCGGAUUUGAAGUAGAGGUUAAGGCUCAAAAAAGGAAAAAGUCAUUCAUGUCUAUAUUGUGUCCAUGCUUUUUUAAAUUUCCCUGAUGGAAUCAACGAUUUUAUCAUUUUUAAAAAAAAUAAUUCGAUUUUAAAAAACAGUUGAAAAAGAAGAGUAAAUAA